AUGUCAGAACCACAACAAAAGCACUGGCCAGACCGAGCCCCGAACAUACUAGUCCCCACAACCAUCUUGUGUGUGUUGAGUACUCUAGUGCUCGCAUGGAGAAUCAGCUACACCAUCAGAUGUAGUCGUAAACUCAGUCUUAGUGACUGUCUCAUGACUAUUGCAGCGAUACUCAGCAUUGUGGCAACAGGAGUCAGAUACAGAACAUGCUUCCAUGGCCAAGGUCGUCAUAUCAUGGAUCCUAGCAUCAGGAAGCCCUAUGAUAUCCUCCAGUACAGCUAUUACCUCUGGAUUGGUCAAACGAUCAACAUAAUAGCUGUUGCGAUACUCAAGUAUUCCAUUUGUUCAUAUCUUCUUCUGAUGAGAUUCUCACGAGUUUAUCUCGCAAUAGUGUGGGCCUCAGUUCUCAUGGUCACGACUCUGAACUUUGUCCUUCCCGUCAUGGGUAUGUUCUGCCAGACACCUUUCGAAGCAAACUGGAACAAGAGUGUGAAAUCAAAAUGUUUCAUGACGCCAAACGAAACCAUCAUGUAUACUCAGGGUGUCUCGAAUUGCGUCACUGACCUCGUUUACAUCGCUGCACCAAUUGCAUAUUUAUCGACCCUCCAGCUACGCAAACGCGCGAAAUGGAGGCUUCGAAUUGUCUUCUGUUUAGGUUCGAUUGCAACAGCGUGCUCAAUAGCUGAGACGAUUGAAAUGUCUGCUUUGAAGAAGACACGCGAUCCAACCUGGGAGGGCAGUAACCUGAACAUAUGGUCAGCGUGUGAGCUCUCAGUUGGUGUGCUCGUUGCAUCUUUGCCACCUCUGGGAAAACCAAUUGACUCCAUGCUCGAUCGCAUACUACCUUCCUCCUUCCUAGUUACCGACCCGGAUAAUUGUCCCUAUAACAAUGGCCUACCUAUGUUCAGUAUCAGUAAGCAAUUUACAACUGGUAGUAAGCCCACGCGCGAGCGAACGCGGUCGAAAAACUACGAUGAUCGCGACAGCGAUAAGUAUAUACUGAAGGAGGCCGAGCAGCUUGAGAACGACGAGAUAAUAAGGACGAUCUCGCACGGGGUGUGCAUUGAUGAACACCCCGGCACACAGAUAGCAGAUCGUAUCCAUAAGGAUCAUGAUUAA